GCAAAGUCAAAGAUGAAAAAAGGAGCUGGAACCUCAUCCACGCCCAUAAAUAUACCUAGUACCGCCACUACUCAUUCAGGUGCUGGGAAAGAUGGAGCACGCCAUGGUGGAGGCAGUGAUGUGGAGGCUGCUUCGGUGACCGCAGUGGCAUCUCCUCUGUCAUUUGACGGUGAUAGCAGACACUCGGCGAGUCCACUUCCAUCUUCUGGCGAGAAUCAAAAGGGUUUAUUUGCUUCCCCACAAAUGCAUCCCAGUAAAAACACUCUUGCUGAGCGGAGCAAUUGGAUGGGGCGUGAAGGAGGAGAUUCAGACAAAAGUUGACUUCUUCUCAGUCAACAGCAUCGAACUGAUUGUUGUAGAAUGUACAUCCAUGUGCAUAUUUUAGACUGGUAUUGUGUAAUCUGAAUCAAUUACGUUUUUUUCCCCUAAGCUCUUGCAAUGAAUUACAGUAAAAUACUACGAUAAACAUUAUCCUUAAUUGGAUCUUUUUUCUUCUA